GUUCAGCACUUAAUGGUUCAGGCCUCUUACUGGUUCAACACUUAUUAAUUCAGAAGUUGCCAAACAGCUCUUAAACAUGACUAAAUAUAAGUCAUUUCCCAAUGUAGGACUUAAACUUUUUUAUUCUCUAAGAAUAUAUGUCCAAGUGAUGCUAGACAUUUAGUUGAAUAAUGACUAAUAGUUAAUGACAAAUGAUUCUACAUUGAGAAAUAAAAACAUAUGAUCAUAUUUUAUGUUUCAGUGUAAAUUACUAGUAGUACAAAUGGGAAUGCCACCCUUCAUCAUUGUCAUCGUCUUCCUCCAAAUGCAAGCCCCGGCCAGGAGUAUCAGCCUAGCGGUCUUGCUGAACCGUUCGAGGUCCAAAAUUUCCAGCUUCCGAGCCUUCUCAUCCUCGCCGUCUUCAUCUCAUCACUCAAACCAGUCUCGCGGCGGCCUCCCCCGCUUCUACUCUGAGAUCCUCCCUUCUUCCAAGGGUAGUGUUGUUCGUGUGAAUGGAGACGAGUUUUGGCACAUGACUAGAGUAUUAAGAUUGAACGUUAAUGAUAGGGUAGAGCUAUUCGAUGGAAAUGGAAGCUUAGUUGAAGGAUGCAUACAGGACAUUGAUCAAUCUGGAUUGAACUUUGUGGCGUUAGAGAAUCCCAAGUCGGUAUCUCCUUUAGAGACUCAAUGGCAUGUCUUUGCUGCUUUUGGAACUCUAAAGGGAGGUCGGGCUGAUUGGCUUGUGGAGAAAUGCACUGAGCUGGGGGCUCACAGCAUUACUCCAUUGUUGACAGAACGGUCUCCUUUGGUUUCAGGAAACCGAGUGGAGAGAUUACUACGUGUCAGUUUAGCAGCAGCUAAACAAUGUCAACGGCUGCACAAAAUGAAUUUCAACUCUCCUAUGAAAGUUACUGAGCUCUUACCUCAUGUCAAAACAUCGACACUAUCAUUCAUUGCUUUGGCAGAGGCUAUGCCUGUUUUCAGUGCAUUGAAUUCUCGAAGAAAAGAAUCAACUGGAUUGUUGAUCGUAGGGCCAGAAGGAGACUUCACUGAGGAGGAGAGAAAGAUGAUAGUAGAGGCUGGUGCAACUCCAGUAGGGCUUGGGCCACAACGCCUACGAGUUGAAACUGCCACGGUGGCACUCUUGGCAACACUAAUGUUUUGGUCAGACGAUCGGCUUGUCUAGCAGACAACAACAACACUUCACUGAGGAGGAGAGAAAGAUGAUAGUUGAGGCUGGUGCAACUGCAGUAGGGCUUGGGCCACAACGCCUACGAGUUGAAACUGCCACGGUGGCACUCUUGGCAACACUAAUGUUUUGGUCAGACGAUUGGCUUGUCUAGCAGACAACAACAGCGUAAAAGAUUCACUUUUGACUCAUAAAUGUAUAUCACAUAAAGGGCAAUUAUGACUUAUGAGAUUUAGAUUUUAUUCAAAGGAGAUAUGGUAUGGUACUAUGGUACAGAGUAUAUUGGAUAAGUGUGGUUU